AGUAGUAACACCUUAGUAACACCUGUGCUUUUCCUUUUUUGACAAAUCAAAAUGUUUGCUGUGAAAAAGGCCAAUUGCAUAUUAAAUACGUUUUUUAACCACUUUCCAGAUUCCUUCUGGCGUCAAUCUACUCUGACCACUGCAGAUGUCCAAAGCGAAAGCUGCACCCCCUCCUGGGUGCACUCUGAACAUCAACGAUCCUCAGGUCCAGGAGGCCGCUAUCCGAAUCCAAGCCUCAUAUCGCGGCCACAGGUCGCGUAAAGAGCUGCGGGAGAAAGGCCCUCCCAAGAUCCUGCAGGAGCUCAAAGAUGUGGUUCUUGUUGAGGGCAGCGCAGCGAAGCUGGAGUGCAGAGUUAGCGCUUUCCCGGAUCCUUUCAUCGUCUGGUACAAGGAUGGCAAAGAGCUGAAGGAUGGUCCCAAAUACCGUUAUGUUUUUGAAGACCCAGAUUUUGUGGCGCUCGUGGUCCGUGACGGGGUUCUGGCUGAUCUUGGAAAAUACACUGUUAACAUUAAAAAUCCGUUUGGACAGACGUCUGGAUCUGCCUGCAUUCUAGUGGAAGUCCCUGCUAAGGUUUCUAAAGGCCCAGACAACAUUAAGGCCAAAAGAGGGACAACCGUGGUGCUCAAGGCUGAAAUAAGUGGGGAGCCUCCUCCAGAUGUUGCCUGGCUCAAAGAUGGAGAUGAUAUUGAAGAAGACGACAGGGUGUUCUUCGACGUUGGAGACACCAACACGAUCUUGACCAUCAAAAGUGCAAAGUUGUGUGAUGCUGGCAAGUAUGAGGUGUUUGUGGAGAACAAUCUGGGCACAGACCAGUCCUCCGCUCGUGUCGACAUCCUCUGAUGCGACAUCUCAACUGCACCGAAGCUAACGCAGGGAGCCUUUGUUUUCUUAGAGUGCAAUCGAAUGGACAAUAUACUGUAGUAAUGCUGUGUUCUCAGCUGUACAUAACUUCAAUCAUGUUCAUAAAAAAAGUAAAGACUUUUUUGCUA